AUGAAAGCACCCCUCUGCAUCCUGUGUCUGCUGGUGGCGACAGACGGUUCCGCCAACUGGGACAAGAAAGUUGCCCAAGUCUGCAACAGCUUCUCACAGAGUCUCUACCAGAACAUCGCCGUCAAUGGGUGCGAAAACAGUAUCUACUCCCCCUUGAGCAUCCACCAGGCUCUGUCGAUGGUGACUCUGGGAGCUCGUGGAGAUACUGCCGCCGAACUCUCGCGAGUGCUGGGCCUUAGUCAAAUCCCAUCGCGACCUAACCAGCCACAGGCGUCCUACCUGGAAGUUAUCCAGCAGCUACGCCAAGUCCCGCAUGUGGAGAUCCUCACCGUCAACGCCAUCUUUGUGAACCCGUCAACAGAAAUCAAAGCUGACUUCACCAACAACGUGACCAAGUUCUACCAGGCUGAGGUGUCUAGCUUCGACCUGAUUUCUCCCGGAGGUCCUGAGAGGCACAUCAACAGAUUCGUUUACAGCAAGACGAAGGGUCUCAUUAAAACAGUGCUCACGCCAGGUCGGGAGUAA